GUGAGACGAAAAGGAAGGCGUGCAGCCAACAAGCAGUCAGUUUCGAGCCGCGCACCUGAGAGAAAGGUACUCGACCUGAUUUCGCUCUGUCCGUCACUGAAGUCGUACGAGUGUUUGCCGGCAAGAAGACAUCAUUAAAAAAUUUACCGCAUCUGCUUUUCGCCGCGGGAUGAUGCAGUUUUUCGGCAGGAAAAUGUAGUUUGUGUGCGAAAAGUAGAAACCCGAGUGGAUGUGGAUCAAAGAAGUCGAAGGCGCGGCCAAUGAUGAACAACUUUUCAUUGUUGCUGCUCUCUCUAGUCACCGUAACAGGAGUAUCAGCAACCUGGCCCUAUGACUGGGGGUUGGGGGGAUGGGGUUUCGGGGCAUGGGCGAGUAAGUCGAGUCCCAGUCAGGAACGGCAGGACGAAGUGCACGAUGUUGAAAUCCUCAAGGCAGUGGUCACCUCAAUGGCCGAGUGGGAACGCAGCAGAAGAGACACCUCCAGGGCAAAAAGAGCCGACAGUUCGGUGUGCUACUCGAACAUUGGCUGCUUCAUGGGCGCGGCGCCGUUCAGCUACUUGGGGGUGCUGCCGGCGCCUCCGUCCGAGGUCGGAACCAGUUUCCACUUCUUCAGCCCCCGCGAGCCACACAGGGCGCGCAGCCUCUCCUUCGAGGAAAUCGUGGUACCCGCUGCCGACGCCCUGCUCGACACCGGCGCCGCCCCCGAGUUCGCACCCCUGCAGCUCGAGCCCCAACAACAGUCCGUCCGAGGAAGAAGAGAUAAUGCAGCUUCAGAUGAGCGUCGGUCAACUACAACUGACGAUUCCAAUUUGAAUGCAACGACGCCUAGCACAACCAGCACGUCCACAACUUCUUCCGAGGAUCUCGCACAGAACGACUCUGGGACCAUUUCGUUGACGGCCUCUUCUCUGGAGGGCUCGGUUCUUCUGGAGGCGGCCCUGAAUUUGGGCUUCAACUCAUCCCUGCCCACCAAAGUCAUCGUGCAUGGAUUCGGGAGCAAGUGCAGCCUUGUGUGGGUGCACGAGAUGAAGAGCGCCUUGAUGGCAGUGGAGGAUUGCAAUGUGAUUUGCGUGGAUUGGGAGCCUGGCGCGUCUCUUCCCAACUACGUGCGUGCGGCGGCCAACACGCGCCUCGUUGGCAAACAAGUGGCGCUGCUUUUGCGAAAACUGAAAACGCAGUACGGCCUGGACCCGCGCAACGUGCACCUGAUCGGCUUCAGCCUGGGCGCUCACGUGGCCGGGUUCGCCGGGGCCGAGACGCCAGGCCUGAGUCGCAUUUCGGGGCUCGACCCCGCCGGGCCCCUGUUCGAGGCCCAAGAGGCCGAGGCGCGCCUCGACGCGAGCGACGCCGACUUCGUCGACGUCAUCCACUCGAACGGCGCCAACCUGAUCCUGGGAGGCUUGGGCUCCAGGCAGCCCAUGGGACACGUCGACUUUUACCCCAACGGCGGCGCCGAGCAAAAGGGCUGCAGCAAUUUGCUCCUGGGUGCCGUCAGCGACAUCAGCUUCCUUUGGUCAUCAUCUGAAGAUGAUUUGCGCAGUUUAUGCAACCACAGGCGUGCAUACAAGUUUUUCACAGACAGCGUUUCCUCGCGUUGCCCAUUCCCCGCCUUCCCUUGCGAAUCAUAUGAGCAAUUCCUCGAGGGCGAGUGUUUCAACUGCGGUCCGCAGAGACAGUGCGGAAACAUGGGCUAUUACUCGGACAGGUCGCCCGCCAGAGGUCCCAUGUUUCUCAUCACCCGAGACAACGAACCUUUCUGCGCUCACCAAUUUUACGUUCGGGUGGAAAGUACUCCCAUUCUAGGAGAGCCACUUGUGACUCACGGAAGAUUCGAAGUUGUUCUGAGCAAUAAGGAUAUCAAUGAAACAUUUGUCCUCACAGACAAAGAUGAUGAAGUAAUGGAGACGGGCGAAGCUCUGUACAGACUUGUGGUCGCCCACCCGGCGAUGGACCAACUGACCUCUGCCCAACUCGUUUACACAGCCUACAGUGGCUGGAUCAGCUCUGGUGCCCCAACUUGGACCGUGGACAAAGUUUCCAUAACAGAUGCUUAUGGCAAAAGUAUGUCGUUUUGUAAAAAGGGCAUGAUUGUGAGUUCAGGCGUUCCACUGCUGGUGCCCCUAUUUCCAGGAGACUGCAACCCUCCGAGGCCUCCUGGACUUGAUUUCCCUCUUGUCCCAAUGGCGCCCAUUAACAAUGAGCUACCAAACAAUGCGUCCGGAGAGGAAGUUAGUGGGAAUAAGACGACAACCGUUAUUGUUGAAGGCGCGGCGGAGAAUAAAAACAAGACUGGAAUAGAUAUAAACAUUUCACUGCACCUGAAUGAAAACACAAGCUCAAACGCGGAUGUCAAUAAAUCGCAAACGAAUCAAAGCAGCAACUCGUCAACGACGACCGACUACCCGUUGUACCAGCGUCCAUGGCUCGAGGCAAACAACAGCCUGGACGUCCGUCUGGACAACUCGCGCUCAAUGCCACACGUGGAGAACACGAAGAGGUCGUCGAUCAACUCGGUCGAGUCGGCGCCUCCAGCCGGCUCGUGGUCCUUCUGGUGGAGAACGGCCAACAAAACGGAGCCACCCCCACCACCAGCUCCGUCCGACGGCACGGGUGGGGGAACCCUGGUCACCGUCCAGAUGCUGCCCAAGAAACUGGCGUCCAUCCUGCAGCAGGCAGAGCAGUAUGCCAGGUCGACCCUGAGCAGCGUCACUUCGACCCUAAUCGGAGGAAAUAAGGAGGCCCCUGACCAGCCCCCGACGGACGGCCCUCUCCGCCGCCGAGCCAAGUACUUCCCCCCCUUUGCCAGUUUGUUUGGCUACGAGGCCAAGUCGCGGAUGGACACGGUCACCUUCAGCCCCCUGCAAAUCAUCAAGAACCCUGAGUGGCGCAUCAGCAGGUACAUCCCCCUCCGAAGGUAUGCCAGUGCGGCCAGGAGGGUCGACGAAGUUGUUGCCCCCACAGUUAGUCCCUCGGUCGCCCCCAAAGAGGACACUAAACCCGAGGCCAAGAAAAUCAUCGAACCUUUGUUAAUCGGUCCCAGGUGAAUCAAUCAAUCAUCAUCAAACUCUCUCUGUUGCUUAGUUGCCUAAGUUAUUUAUGCUCUGUUAGUUUAGUUCGUGGAGGAUUGUAAUGUAUGAUCUGCGUGUCAGCCAUUUUUAACUUAAUGUGAUGUUUUUUUUAAUUAAAUAAAAUCUUUUAUCUUUUAUA